GUAAUGAUGGAUUCCUUCGAUUCUGGCUGAGAAAUCGCAAUCAAAUUUUUUCUCGAUUUAGCCUUCAAGAAAAUCAGAAAUGGCAUCAAUUAUCAAAAACACAAUACUGAAGCAUUUAUCUAAAUUCACCAAGAACCUCUCCGCUGACAAAAUCAAGUUGAGCACACUGAAAGGAGAGGGGGACCUUGCCAACCUAGAACUCGAUGAAUUGAUGUUAAUGGAACUGCUAGACCUACCAACAUGGCUUCAGAUCAAAAAGGCUGUUUGUAAUAGGGUCUCGGUCAAGGUUCAGUGGACCAAGUUGAAGAGUCAACCAAUAUGUCUGUUCCUUGACGAGGUGAUCGUAGAGAUGGAGACCUGUGAAAAGCCACGAGGAUCGGCCUCCAGCUCUGGCAACUCUCAAGUUCCUAGUUACAGUACGGAAGGCAAAUAUGGCUUCAGUGACAAGGUCGUAGACGGGAUCUACCUCUCUAUCAACUCUGUGAUCGUCAACUUUGUGGCAAAUGCCUUCAAAUGCUCCCUACAGUUAUCUCGCGUACAACUAAAGAGCAAGACGCCAACCUGGGCAGAUGGCGACCUGCGUAUGACUCGGAUCAGGGAUCCGCAGCGGGGAGAGAUCCUGCUCUUCAAGGAACUCGAGUGGCUGACCACGAGGAUCGAGGCGAGCGGGCUGGAGGACCACAAGGACAUCUGCUCCACGCCGCUGCGGCUGAUCGCCAACCAGGCGAAAAUACGAAUUGUGAUAAAGAAGAGAUUAAGUGAUUGUGCCAUAAUCGCGUCGCGCGUCCAGCUCAUCUUGGACGACCUACUCUGGGUGCUGACCGACUCUCAACUCAAGGAGGCCAUAAUGUUCGCGCAGUCGCUCAAAGAAAGCAUCGCGAAAUCGGCGGCUUUGAGCAAGAUGGAGGCCUCGCGGAAAGUCCAGGAAGCAUUGAAAGCGCAGAAGCCUGGGGCAAGUGACUUGUUUAAUGAGUGCUAUGACUUUAACAUCUGUCGUUUAGAGCAGACUGUGAACAGUGCACAAUACACAUCCCAGCAAGGACAGUACAGCAAUGCUCAGAUGUCACAAAAAGAUCUCCAAAGCAACGUCUCCAAGGUCUUCACGCGGUUCGAUAUCAUCGAGACGUCGUAUCAUUUGUACACGGGCAGGAUCGACCUACAUCUGUGCGGAGACAUGAGCACUGCUGCCGAUCCUGCACUCAGAGCUGUGAGUAAUGAAUACGCCAAACUCCUCGACAGCGGGGCCAUGCAGAUCACGCUGAGCAAACUCUCCAUUGACUACUACCCCUUCCAUCCAGCUGGUGGAGAACGAUCCCAUUGGAUGAAGUACAACGAGUACAUGAUCAACCGUUGUACGUGGGCACAGAAACUCCUGGCGCAGUUCCGCGACGACGUCAUGAUGGCCCGCAGCAAGGCGAAGCCCAGUCCAGUAACCUCACCCUCCCAUGGGCCAGGCCCGAGGACACCAACAAAACAAAAGCAGACAAAAUUAUUAGAGUGUUGUUCCGUCGUGAGGUUGGAAGAUUUCACGUUCUUCCGAGUUUCCACGGCGGAUUCUACUCGACGGAAGCCGAAGAAGUUUUUUGCGUCGGAUAAGAAGCAGUUGUUCCUGCCGCCCGAGAUGUCUGCUGUCCAUAUUGAGUUCACGGAUUAUUACUUUCCAGAAGGCAUAGACUACCCGGUACCCCAUUCCAACAUCUUUGGCCAGAUCAACCCCAUCCAUCUCCACCUUGACUAUCUAACUCUCAUUUGGAUACAAUCCUUUGCCAUUAAACUAUUCAAGAGUGUGACGCCAUUAAUUGAGACGGACAAUCCCACCACACCAGUUCCCGUCGAACACAAGGAUAUAAGACUUGAGGCUCUCAUGCCAAGGAUUGUUCUGCCGGCCGAAGACAUAAAACCUGACGAACCGGAGAGACCGCAGGGUCUACAGAUCCAAGUCUCCAAACUCGUCAUCACCAACAGUCGCAUUGAGGAGAAGUGUUCAAAGGAUCAACUCUACGGCAUUCUGCAGGAACUCAAACACGGCAAUCUGUUCAAUAGUAGCGGAUUUCCCAACAAGGAGGCCGAUUUGAUACCGAUUCCGAUGGAAUUGUUGCGCUAUGCCGUAAACGGUGAGAAGCCGACUCUGGACGACAUCAACGAAGUAUCGGAGAAGAAGGAGGAGUUGGAAGUGCCGUCGUCGCCGGGGUCCGAGACGUAUUUCAAUCUGAGUACGAACUCACUCAAGGAGGAGGCCGCGGGGGACGUGUGGUAUAUCGGGGCGGAUCAAUUCUGGUUGGAGUUCACGGACGUUCCGAAGCACAAAAACCGGCCUGUGCCAUUCGUUGAGUCGUUCCCCUUGAACUUGUGGGUGAGCUAUCCGCAGGGAUUGAAAAGAGACAAUGGGAAAAAAUCACGGAACGACUCGCGGUCUUCGUUGAAGAAAUUAAAACAGUUCUAUAGUUUGGAUAGUAAUAGUAGCACGGAGGAUCCGUUCGAGGGGAGCGCAUUCAAGAGUAUGGAAAGCACGAGUUUAACCUCCCCAGCCACGAUGAACCUGUUUGUAAACAUUCCUGCGAAGGUAUUCGUUCAACUUGAUCACUAUCAAUUCGUAUUUUUGAUGCGUCUCGUGGAUACCGUGACAAAAUAUCAAACAGAAAUCGAGAAAAUCACAAAAGCGUCAUUUCCGUCCGCUGAAGCGUCGGUCGCUGAUGCUGCUCUGCCUCCCAGUACGGUGUGCGUUUCGUUGUCGUUAGAGGAGUUGGAGGUAGCUAUGCUGUGCCCGCCGAUGGUCGACCGGAAUGAGUCGAUGGCCACGCGAGAACCGCCGGAGAGUCCCAGCUUUGACUCGAGCAGUGCGAAGCAUAACGACGAGACGUGUUCUUCAGUGACCGACGACCAGCCGACAUCUCCAGAUUCCCCCUCCUCCGACCCAGCGAGGAGAAUGAACGGCACCCUAGAGAUUCCCACCGCCAUCAGCAAGAGUUACAGCGACUCAGAAAUCCUGAAUGUACCGUCGAUAUCAGAGCCAAAAUCUGACGUCACAGACUACGAUCGAGGGCAACAAGCGCCCAUGACAUCAAUGAUGUCGCCGUCUCAUUCUCAAAAGGGGACGGAAAUCAAGAAAUCAUUCAGUAGUGCGUUCUCGAGUUUCGAUACGGCGAUCUCCAAAGGUUUUGACAAGAUCAAACAGACUUUGGACGUUUCCGAUGAUUCGUCUCAGUGCGAGGAAUGGGAGACUUCGUCGAUUAAGAGCAGUAUGUCCGAAGAGGACGACGAUUUUCUUGUGAUCACUCUGGGGAAUGCGAAGGAGACUGCCGCGUUCAGACAUCAGCGUCACGAGUCGAAUGCGAGUGGAAGUGACGCGACCAAGGACGACGACGCGACAAGUCUGACCACGCUGAAUAUGUCACAUCACCUUGACCCGCUCAAAAAUAAGAUGAAUGUGACUACAUUCCGUAUCCUUCACGCCGAGCUCAUUGCACAGGUCAAAGGUCAAGACGUGAGCGUCAAACUCCAAGUCCAACAUAUCAUGCCAAACGCCAUGGGGAACAUUCUACCGGAGGAAUUCCAAAGCAAAUUCAAUCUCGGCCCCAAGGAUAGCAUCGACAAGCCUCCAAGGUUGGAAUACUUCCCGAUCAAGUUGAGAUUUGACACUGGUCCGUCUGCCGAGCAAUUGUCACCCGGAUCCCUUGAAAAAGGUUUCCUUCAUAUCAAAGCCAAGGAUGUGAUGUUGGACAUUGCGAUGUCGAGCGUGCAGGGUCUGGGCGAAGUCAUGGAGGAAGAGGUGGUGCCCCCUACCAUCCCCAUGCUCAUAGAGGUCAACAAUACUCAGAUUAGCAUGAUGGAGGACCGUCCACCCAGCUUCCGACACACUGCUGCACCCAUCCCUGUCGAUCUACUCAUUCAAAACCUUGUGAUACGCCGCAAUGAAGAUGGGGUCAUUAACAUUCAAGGUGGCCCUCGACCGAUGUCUCUAAAGAGCAUCAGUAGCAUCAGUCUACCCACGCCAGAUAGCGCCACCUUCAGUGCAAAUCCUGAAAUGUCGCCGACUCAAGAUGAAAAAGACGAGGGGAGCGAGUCCCUUCUUUUACGGUUGGUCAGCAGUAAAAAGGAAAUGCACCAGAAGGAUAGGACGAUAGACGGCUUACGAAACCAAAUCGAGAAAUUAAAAUUAGAAACUUCAAAAAUGACGGAAGUGCAAGAAAAAUAUAAUCAACUCACUGAACAGGUUGAAGUUGAUGGCGUUUCGAAUUCUGCGCUUUUAGAAAAAGUCAAAAUGUUAGAAUUGGAAAAUCGACAAUUUGUCGAGGAAGUUAGUAAGCAGGCGGACGAGUUGCGCCGAUUGAGGGACGAUUAUCAGUCGCAGGCGUCGGCGUUGAUGAUUUUACAAGAGGAAUUGAUAGCAGUGGAACAACGCGGGAAAGAUGUUGGUGGAAGUUGAAAAUAGGACGUGUUCGUGGGAGUUGAAAGUAGGACGUGUUCGUGGAAGUUGAAAGUAGGACGUGUUCGUGGGAGUUGAAAGUAGGACGUGUUCGUGGAAGUUGAAAGUAGGACGUGUUCGUGGGAGUUGAAAGUAGGAUGUGUUCGUGGAAGUUGAAAGUAGGACGUGUUCGUGGGAGUUGAAAGUAGGUUGGUUCGUGGAAGUUGAAAGUAGGACGUGUUCGUGGGAGUUGAAAGUAGGAUGUGUUCGUGGAAGUUUCCGUUGUGCCAUCUUGAGACUGACGUCAUAUAUGCUGUCAUGGACACACUUUGGCACCGAUAUGAAAUCAACAAUGCAAUAAUAAUCGAGACUCUCGUAUGGUGUAAUAUGUGUUUUGUGUGAAGUUAGAAAACUCUUGUUCUCUGUGAUAAAGAUGAGCUUAGAGUUACUGUGAGACGGGCUGGUCUGUUCAAUGUGGCAAAAAUAUAUUUGGUAGAGAUUGGAAAAAAUUAUGAUUUUAAUAUGAUGGACCGAUAUUUUGUCCAGUGUUUCAUGAUGUGCGUCUGAAAUACUGAAAAUUAUUUUGAGAACUAUGAUAUCAGCAAAUUAACGUUACAACCUGCAUGACCUGAUUACAAUCAUCAUCUUGCGGCAGUGUGGAGUGAUAUUUCAUAAUGCGGAUAUUGUAUUACAUGAGAGGGACUACUUUUUCUUGCUCAAGCUUCAUCCCACCUUGUAGACCCUCAGACACCAGGUGGUUCAAGAUAUUUUUGCUUGCUCUGGCAAAAAGAGGCAGAGAUAUGUGCAGUCGAACCUCCCUUAGCGGACACCUCUCUAUUAAGGACAACCUCUCAAUUAAGGACACUAGUUUUGGUCCAAAAUUGGUUGUUUCCAUUCAAUUUGACCUCUCUAAUCAGGACAGCACUUGUCAGUCCUGAGAGUGUCCUUAAUAGAGAGGUUCUAUUGUACAUGUAAAGAAGAAGAAAAAAACACCUCUAGAAAUUGGAGAGAGCGUUUUUAAAAAGCAACAUCCUAAAGAGUCUGUUAUGAAUCAUUUACGUAAUAUUGUGAGCAUACCAGAAUCUUGUCUUCAAGAUUUUCUUAGAAUCUCUAUUUGCUAGAGCAGUUUGGAUUUUCCUGCACUUGGCUGAUUAUUUUUAAGGCACCGUAUACAAAAUGAAAAAUGCGCACCAUGAAUUAAAGUGUUCCAUUAAAAAUGGAACGACUCGGAAUAUCAUUGAAACACCAUCUGCGUUAAUUUAUUUUUAGAUGUAUCAAAUUAGUCUUAUUUAUUUCUGUCUCUUGAAAAAGUGUGUCUUGAUCCUUCAUAUCCAUGACAGAUAGCUUUUACUGUAAACCCUGAAUUAGUUGUGUUCCUUUUAUUUCGAUGUUUUUCUUGUCUACAGGUGAUGAUCCCGAAACCAGUUCAAUUUACUUUUAGUAGGUUGUCAGUUUCACAAACGUGUCCAAGUUAGUGUGAAUUAGGGCAUAGUUAGAUCAUGUCAAAUGGAAAAUUUCUGGAAACAUAUAUGAAGGAUGUUUUUAGAUAGAAUCUUUUAUCAGCUGAUUGUUGCUAUAGUAUUGUUCCUGGGUUCACCGUCGCGUGACACUGAUCUCAAAAUGUAAAAAUUCUACUCAAAUUUGCAUUUCUACAUUACUCGAUUUCAUGCUUUUAAAGUUGAAAUGUAUGUCUUUGGCUCUGUAGGCCUUGAGACAUAUCAUUUACAGUCAUAUCUUGAAAAUUUGAAUUCGCCUAUGCAUUGACCAGUGAAAAAAAUUAACUUGUGUGUAAAAUAUCGAUGUGCGACUCUGAAAAUCUGAAAAUAACGAUAUUGCCAAAGCUCAGAGAGAUAUAUCCAGCCUGUUUCCAUAAGCUUAAUAUGAAACAGCAAUACUAUUUUAGUAGAAGUCGUUACUCUUUUGUAAUAAGUUGUAACUUCUUAAAAAAUUUGGUAGAAGUUGUAAUCCUAAGUUGUAAUAUUUUGGUAGAAGUUGUUAUUCUUUGACAGUGACGGUGCAUAAUAUAGGUUUGACACUUGUUUUAGAAGCACAACUUUUUUGAAUUCAUCUGCAUAACUAACAUUACGAAUAAGUAAAUAUUAGUGUUUAUUUGUUCUUGCUAACACGAAGGCUUUGCCCAUAUUAUCACCAUUUGACCAUUGUCAAUUCAAUUUCCAAUUAUGUCACUUCAGAGGCCUCAAACCCGGUAAAUACCGGGUGCAGUAGCAAAUGGCAUAAUGCUUAAAGGUUGACAGACAAAGUCCGCUUUAUCAUGCACCAUCUGGCACCCUUGGUGCUCUUCAAAGACUUGUGCUAACAAGCAGUAGCUUGAGUGCUCAGCCGGCACCACUGCACAGUUACUCAGCUUCUGUAUAGAGGGCACUUCUAAAACAUUUUAAAAUAUGUUCAUAAACAUUGCACCAGCUUGUGAAUGCCUCUUGGCUCAAGAGAAUUCAACUCUUUAUAAGCAUAGUUUUACUUUUCCUGUGAUAAAUUUUGUUUUCUGUUUUGUGCUUGGAGCUAAUGAUGUUUAUGAUUUUAUAGUUGCCUGUGUUAUCAGAAAACCUUUAAGCUCGAUAUUGGUUUUAAGACAGUGACGUUGUAAUUGUUAAGUUUUUGGCCUGCUUUGUUCUAAACUUCCCACCGAACUCCAAAUUAUAGUUUCCCCUUUAGCCUGCAGGGGAUGUGUCACAAAGUAGCUUUUUUACACAAAUCUAACUCUAUCAAAACCUAAGUGUUGUGCAAUAUUCAGAAAUUCCCUAGUUUUGAUAUUAAAGGUCAAGUUCCUUCGUUUUAGAAUUUCAUUUGAAAAUUGACUUUAAUUUGAAAAUCGGGGAGGUGCUCUGGGGGAUAAGGUGUUAUUUUAAGAAGUCUAGGAAACUCUUUUUCUAUUUCCAUUGAGCAGAAAAAAUGUGCCAUGCACAGUGAGCAGCCCACCAAUCUAUCUCCCACCUCCGCUGCAAGCAUUCCUGACAACCAGUUUAGGUCCACUAAGUGGUUAAGUGGAUCUUCGUGCGUGCAACCUUGGUUUCUUCAGAGAGGUUCUUCUCGAUACAGUCCAAAUCACAAUUGACAUCCAUCCUGCAUUGCGUCAGUGACACGCAGCGUACGCGCCGUGUUGUGCGCCAAUGACGCACCAGUGAUGCCCUUGUCUCUAGGUCUUGCGUUAUUACGCGCAACCUGCACGCAACUUACAUGUAACCUAUGCACUGGGUAGCGCGUCAAUGACGCGAUUUACGGGGUGUCAGUUGUGAUAUGGACUGUAGGAUAGGUAAGCACUUUGAGACUGUUGUACAGAAUGCUUCAAUCAACGCACCUGCAGUGGGAUAGGGUUCUCCCUAGAGGGGAGUAUACACCGAUGUGAUGUGAUAGUUUGAUUAAAGGUGAGUAGAUACUCUAGUUUCAUCGAUCUAAGACCGGUUGAUUAAUUACUACAAAAUCUCAAAAAAGCCAAGCCAGAGCAUGACAUCAGGAAAAUCUGAUAAACUUUAGGUCGUUACUCAAAAUGAACAUGUUGAAUGUCAUCAAGCAGCCAUAUGCAUUAUAUCCAGGUUGAAUUGAAUAUCCAAAACUGAUCUUAGAGCGGUGAAGCUAAAGUACUUGUAAAUAUAUGCAUUAUUGGUGAAACCGAGAGAAAAAUAAUCAUGUAAAUACAUGUAUGUGUAUGUGUUGUAUUUUUUACAAGAUUUGUUUGACAAAAUUGGUGAAAAUCACCACUAAUGCAAAUCAGUCAGUAUUUGAAGCUUUUGCACAUGAAGAUAUCUGUGCUGUAUAAAGUUAGGAACUUGCUGCCAUUAUACAAUUCACCUUGAACUUUAAAGUGUCGUGAUUAUUAUCUGCAGAAAAGUUUUUACAGUCAUUCCUUGUUUUAACUCCCAUUGGCCCUAAAAAACAAUUCUAAUGAUACUCUGCCACUAGCAUGGUGGGUAGGGUAAAGGUAUUGGCUUAUCUUAGCAACACAAUAGUAACAAGGCCCUCCCAUUACAGUGUCGGAGGAGUACAAUCGGAUAAAAAUAAUAAAUGUGGGCCUUCACGCCCCUCAAAAUUAACUCACCUUUUGUCUGUUUCUUUUGUGUCGUCACUUCCUCUCAAGGUAAACACGUAUUUUUCAUAGGCAAACCGAUACCUUUAGCCACCGUGACUGGGGUCUUUGAAAGAUAAGUAUUUGUCUGUAGGGUGUAGCAAAAACCUAUUUCAGUAACCUCGUCUAUUUAUUCUUGCAAAAACAGAUCAAAUAUAUUAUUGGUGUCAGUGAUUUUGAUGUUUAAAUAUCAAUAAGUGGUCAGGUUUCCUGCCAGGAAUAUCUUUGCAAUAUAUCAUUUUAUGCAACAUCUGAGGACAAUUAAGGCCACCAAUAAUUGAUAAAGACUAAGAAUUUGGAAGUCUUUAACAAUUCUUGGUUAUGCUAAUGUUUUAAUGAGCUUUGUAGUAUUAGAUAAACUAUUUACUUGGUAGUGUUAGAGCUGCAAUGGCCUGACACUUCGGUAGUCUUAGAUAAACCAAACUACUUGGUAGUUUUGCCACGUAAUAAUAACUACUUGGUAGGAUUAGCUAAGUAAUAAUAAACCUAUUGGUAGUUUCAGCUAAAAAAAAAUUUAAAAACUACUUGGUAGUUUUAGCUCAAGUAAUAACAAACAACUUGGUAGUUUUAGCUAAGAAAUAAUAAGCUACUUGGUAGUUUUAGCUCAAGUAAUAACAAACAACUUGGUAGUUUUAGCUAAGAAAUAAUAAGCUACUUGGUAGUUUUAGCUCAAGUAAUAACAAACAACUUGGUAGUUUUAGCUAAGAAAUAAUAAACUACUUGGUAGUUUUAGCUAAAUGAUAAACUACCUGGAAGUUACAAUAAGAUUGUUGUUCAGUGUUAUUUUUUAUACACCGUAGUUUUAAAGGGAUGUUGUCAAUGUCUUUGAAAACCGUAUAGAUAUUUAUGAGCAUAAUUCAUGGGGUGUGGUGUGUUAAAAAUCAAGGUAGGGACAUGCAAUGACUGAAUCAUGUGUUACUAUCUUUUUGGCUCACCAUAUGGGAGUCUAUACAAUACCGCAGUGUCCGUCGUCAUCGUCGUUGUCUGUAUCCUGUUUCAAAAACAGUGGCACGUUUCUUAACCGCCAGAACUGUGAAUUUUGAAACUUAGUACACAGGACCCCAGGUCAGGUGACCACUGACAAUGAAUUUGGUCGAUCUGAUUCUUGACUUGGCCACCAGGGGGCCAGAAGUGGAAACCUAAAAAGUGUGACAUCUCUCUUAUGAGUCAUACCGACUUUGGUUUGACCUUGAUCCUAUACAUGUAGAAUGUUCCUUAACCAGGAUGAAUUCCUAACCUCCAAAGAUCUAGACGGUGAGCACAAUGGCCCCUGGCCGUUUCAUUACGAAUGUUGCAUGCCCGUAGACUUUUAAAUCGCUUCUGUGAACAUGAAUAUACGAUUGUCUCAUCAUUGACUCAAAUGUUAAUUUAAACCAAGCAGAAUCAUAUUGUAUAUUGUGUAGAAAGUGUUGCCUGUUCGCGUUACAAACUGUGAAUAAAAUCAU